AUUCGAGAUGACUGGAAGUACGUGGCGAUGGUGAUCGACCGUGUUCUGCUGCUUCUCUUCUUUGGCAUCACACUGGGUGGAACACUGGGAAUCAUCUGCUCGGCACCGCAUGUCUUCGACUUUGUCGACCAGGAGAAGGUCUGCCUUUGGGCAGCUGCUCGAACACAUCUCAGACCAUUUCAUUAUCCUCUUUCGAUAAAAUUCGGAGAAUCUGACUACAAAAUGUUCGGUAAACCUAUUCAGAAUUUGCUUGCAGCUUUAACCUCACUGGUGUUGUGCUCGCUUGAUGAAGACCGCCUCGUAGCUGAUCUUUUCAAUGGCUAUAAUUCGCUCGUUCGGCCAGUGCCUAACGUAUCGUCUCCUCCAGUUGAGGUGGCAUUCAGUUUGGCACUGGUUUUGCUCAUCAACGUCGACGAGAAAAACCAAAUUAUGCACACAAAUGUGUGGCCAACCAUGCGCUGGAACGACUAUCAAAUGCGUUGGGAUCCAAGAAUGUACGGGAAUAUUGAGACAAUCCGAGUUCCACCCGACAAGGUUUGGUUACCCGACAUCGUUUUAUUCAACAAUGCUGAUGGUAACUAUCUGGUGUCAUUCUAUUCGAAUGUGGUUGUAGAACACACUGGUGAAAUGUUGUGGGUACCCCCUGCAGUUUACAAAUCAAGCUGUAUCAUCGACGUAGAGUACUUCCCAUUCGAUGAACAAGUGUGCUCACUUACAUUCGGUUCGUGGACUUUCAAGAAGGAUGAGGUUCAAAUAUCGUACCUCAUGGGGAAGCGGCAGGUUAGUAAGAUUUGUCCCAAAGCGAAAUAUAUGAAAUUAGUAUUUGAAACACCUCUUCUUCUAUUAUUCGUCACAUAUGAUAAAAAAACCCUAUUCUAUACCGUGAUUCUGAUAAUGCCAACGGUUCUGAUGGCAUUUUUGUCAAUGAUGGUCUUCUACCUUCCUUGUGAAGCGUCAGAAAAAAUCACGCUGGCGAUCAGUAUACUGCUCGCUCUCGUCGUCUUCCUUCUUCUUGUUUCUAAGAUCCUUCCACCUACGUCGUCUACGAUUCCUCUCAUGGCAAAGUACCUCUUGCUAACUUUUGUGAUGAACAUGGUCACCAUCAUGGUUACCGUGGUCAUUAUAAAUGUCUAUUUUCGAGGUCCAGCGACUCACACAAUGCCUAAUUGGGUAAAGUGGAUUUUUCUAAAGUUGAUGCUCUUGAUGAUGCGUAGACCUGAGUCGACUGAACGAGAGCUGAAAAGGACUCGCGAGGAAAAACUGGAACGUCAAGCUGCCCGCGGAAUAUUACAUGGCCUCAGUUCUGUCAAGUCAGAUUGUUCAGGUGAAGUCGAGGUGACGGACACGCAUGAUGAUUCUGAUCUGUCAAAGGAGGCUAAUCAGGCUAUUGAAGCUAUUGAAUAUAUCACUAACCAUCUGACUAGGGACAAUGACUAUAAGCGGACUGACAUUUUUCAGCAGUGUGACGAAUGGAAGUAUGUCUCCAUGGUACUUGAUCGUCUCUUACUGUACGUUUUCUUCGCUGCAACUACUGGUGGUACUAUGGGCGUGCUGUUUUCGGCUCCGAAUGUGUUUGAGUACGUGGAUCAAGCCGAAGUGAUCGAGAAUCUCAAAAGAGCAGCUGUUGCACAGCAACACAAUCCUGGUCUUUAG